AUCCAAUCAACCGUAUGAUCACCAAGAUUUCAACUUCCCUAAUCAAUUGAAAUUCUCUCAAUUAUCGAUUAACGGUCUGCGUUACAUGAUCAUCUAUAUUUGGCUGUAAGUUGGAGUGCUUUCGUUGAAUUAAUCGAGUUGAGGGUUCCCACAUUUCACAAACGUACUAACUAUCACCAAGGAUUAUUCACCUAAUUGUUUAUAUAAUUGUAUGCCUUUGGCAGGUACAUAAAACAUAUGUUCUGAAUUAAACUUGUGUAAAUAAUUGAUUUAAAAUUUAUAAACCCUAAUAAAAAAAGAGGAGAUUUUGAUUAAUUAAAUCAUAGGGUUUAUACACAGUUUACCUGGCGGUAGUUCUUUUUUUUCUUUAUUGGAUUUAGGUUCUCCUUUAGAUGUUCUUCAAUGGCUGUAGUUAUAGGGGAGAAAGACAAAACAACACCGUAGUAGAGAACGGAAACUACAAAUAGAAUAAUCAACCUACGUCAACGCCACAUCAGUGAUGGAUUUGACAGUGGGUUUAGGGAGUGGGCUAAAAAGAAUUUUUGAAUGAAAAUAAGGAUCUUCCCGAAAUUUCCGUCCCCUAAUAUUUCUCAAGCGACUCAUCUGAAACCCAAAAAUUAUCUUGAUCGAUCUCAAGCAGAUCAGCUGAAGAACUCGGUUUUCGUCUCUCUCUCAGUUGAAGAAUUCUGCUUCUCAAUUGAAGAAGUCGAAUAACAAAGAGAAACGGAAGUCUCUCCCUCUCGCUGUCUCUCUCGUCUGUAUGAAUUGAUUUGUGUCAUCUCAUUUCUCCCGGUGCUAACCUAAUUUCAGGUUAUUAGGUGCAGGGUGUGGUCGAGUUUGACAGGUGUUGAAGCUCUACGGGGAAUAGAGGGAUACAGGACAACUUGGUGCACUGGUUGUGGUUCCAGUAAGGUAUGCCAAGUGGUUAAUGUGAGUCACAAGUAUCAGAAGAGUUUUUGUGAUAUAGAAGUACCUAGCAGUUAUGUGGGUCACAAGUUUCCUAAAAGCUGCUCUUCCUAGAGUUUUAGUCCAAGUAGAAUUGAAUUAUGAUUAUGAUUCCUUUCCGGUUAGGAAAACAAAAACUGGAAAAGGUAUAUAAGAAGAAUCUUGUGAUUGUAAAGUUCUAAGCGUUCUUAUAUCAUUCUCAGUCCACAAAAGAGGUGCUCAUCAUCCUUUUCUCAUCUUGAGUUAGUUUUUGGGUGGUUGUCUAUCAAUGGAUUCGACUAGCAGAACGGAGUUCUUGGAAGAUGUUGAUGAUCCUCCUGACCCUGAUGUCGUAGAAACAGAUCCUACAAAAAGAUAUGUUAGGUAUAAGGAUGUUCUUGGCAGAGGCGCUUUCAAGACAGUAUAUAAGGCGUUUGAUGAAGUUGAUGGAAUUGAAGUGGCUUGGUGUCAAGUUAACAUUGAUGCAGUUGUACGAGGUUGUACGCCUGAUUUAGAGAGUGCAUUGUAUGAUGAAGUAAAUAUGUUGAAAGUUGUUCAUCAUAAGCACAUAAUCAAGAUGUACAAGUCGUGGGUCGACGAUGAGAAAAAGACAAUAAACAUCAUUACUGAAUUGUUCAACUCCGGCAGUGUGAGACAGUACAGAGAAAAGCACAAGAAGGUUGACAUGAAGGCUUUGAAGGGAUGGGCAAGACAGAUAUUGCUGGGUUUAGACUAUCUUCAUAGUCACAGUCCUCCAAUUAUUCAUAGGGAUGUAAAGUGUGAUAACAUCUUUAUCAAUGGUAAUCAUGGCGAAGUUAAAAUUGGGGACUUGGGUUUGGCCACUGUGAUGGAACAAGCUAGUUUGCACAGCGUUCUUGGUACUCCACAGUACAUGGCACCUGAGAUUUAUAAUGAGGAUUACAACGAACUGGUUGAUAUAUACUCCUUUGGCAUGUGCAUGCUAGAGAUGACAACUAACGAGUCCCCCUACAUUGAAUGUACAAAUUGUGCUCAGGUUUACAAAAAAGUUGUUAGUGGAGUCAUGCCUGCCUCCCUUUCUAAGGUCAAAGAUCUGGAGAUGAAGAAGUUUAUUGAGAGGUGUUUGGGUCCAGUAGCUCAAAGAUUGCCAGCAAAGGAACUUUUGAAGGAUCCUUUUCUCCAGCCGAAAGAUAGUGCUGCUGCUGGGUAUUGCCAGCCCAAACAGGUCUCUGCAGGAACUGUACUUACACCACACAAAAAGGAGUCUUCUACAGAACAACAUAUGCUUCCAGAAAAUAGAAUAACUACUACAGCUGUUGAGUCUCAUCCUGUGCCAAUGGUUGAGGUCCAAAGGGUAAGAAGAGGCAAGGAAUUCAAGUUACAGGGGGUGAAAGAAGAUGAAAAAUCUGUAUCAUUCAAGUUAAAGUUUUUAAAUGCUGAAGUUAAGGAUACGGUGUAUUUUUCGUUUUACCUUGAAAGUGACACAGCAAUCUCUGUUGCUAGUGAAAUGUUUGAUGAGGUAAAGCUGGCAGAUCUGACGGUUCUUUUCGUCGCAGAGUUGAUUGAUGUAUCAAUAACAAGACUAGUACCAGACUGGAAACCUUGUGUUCCUAUUGACCAGCUGGUAGUAACUCAUGAGUGUGCUGCCAGCUUAUCAAACCCUGAUGCUGGAACAUUUUCAGAAGAUCGAUACUCUGAUGCUGGAACAUUUUCAGAAGAGAACUACAUUAAAUCCAGAACCGGUAGAUUUAUGCAUGCAGAUUCAGGAUUCAUGAUGUAUAACGGGUGCAUCCAAGAUGUUUGUUCCAGAAACAGGGCAACGAAUGUUUCUACUGUAGGUAAUGGUGAGGAUAAUUUUGAGCUCAAGGAUAUGAGUCUGGAGUUGGAGAUGAUUGAACUAGAGUACCAGCAAGCGUUGGAGGAGAUCUCCAAGAAACGGCAUGAAGCUAUCAUGGCACUUAAAAACAGGGUUUUCUCCCAAAAGAAGAUGGUUCCAGCGUACUAGUAUAGUCACACUUGUUUUUACUCUCUUGCAGAAUGUGUGAAUCAAUUCUGGUUUAAUUUUCCGUUCUUUUACCUUUUGCGAGUGUGGGUUUGGCCUUUGGUACUGCACUUGAUAGAAUAAUUAGAGCAUCAUCAAUUCCUUAUGAAUUUGUUACUUCUCCAGUGAAAACAUGGUAAAAAUUCUGUUUCUAUCUGUUUCA